AGGAUUAAGAUAUCAUUAAAACCCGAAUUCUCAGCUUCUCACUCACUUUCUUCCCUCUCCUUUGAGAACCUAAACAAGCCAUUCAUUCAUGGGAGACAAUAGGGAACCAUUGGUGGACCGAUCAAGCUUCAAAAGAAGCAUUUCCCACCCACUAGAUGAGUUCCAAACCUUCCGAACAUACUUACGUUGGAUGUGUAUGGACCAAUCCAACAUCUGGACAACUUGCUUGUCCUGGUUCUUGUUCAUUGUUUUAGGUCUCGUGGUUCCUUCUCUGUCUCGUUUUCUCUUGGCUUGUUCCACUUGCGAUGCCAAGCAUGCGAGGCCUUACGAUUGGGUGAUUCAGUUGUCUUUGAGCAGCGUCUCGGCCACAUCUUUCGUUUGUCUGACGAGGUUCGUCAAGAAGUAUGGGUUGAAGAGGUUCAUGUUUUUUGAUAAACUUUAUAAUGAAAGUGAGACUGUUAGGAAAGGCUACACUGCUCAGCUCAAUAGAUCAUUGAAGAUCGUAUCCAUUUUCGUUCUUCCAUGUUUCCUAGCCGAGACUGCAUACAAAGUAUGGUGGUAUGCCUCAGGUGCCUCACAAAUUCCUUUCUUAGGCAUCGUCUGGUUGAGUGACAGUGUAGCCUGUUUCAUGGAGUUAUCGUCGUGGCUCUAUCGGACGACGGUUUUCUUCCUCGUCUGUGUCCUUUUCCACCUCGUCUGCAACCUCCAAGUUCUCCGGCUCCAGGACUUUGCCUUGUUCUUCCAAGUCGAGUCGGAUGUGGGUUCGGUAUUGAUUGAACACCUACGAAUACGAAGGCAUUUGCGGAUCAUCAGCCAUCGGUUUCGCUCGUUCAUAUUAUGGUGCUUGAUCUUGAUCACUGGCAGCCAAUUCACGUCAUUGCUUAUCACUUUAAAGGCCACAUCGGAAUUGAACAUUUACAAAGCUGGAGAACUUGUUAUGUGCUCUUUAACUCUACUCACUGGACUCUGUAUACUAUUACGAAGCGCGACAAAAAUAACACAUAAAGCGCAGGCGGUUACAUGCCUUGCAUCGAAAUGGCACAUUUGUGCAACGCUAGAUUCUUUCGAUGUGAAUGAUGGUGAGACACCAAGGACUCCGGUCAUUCACGCCCACCAAGCAUGUCCUCGUGUUGGAACAGAUGGUGAAUCAGAGAGUGAAGAUGUUGGCGACGAAGAAGAUGACUUGGAUAACAAUAAUUUGAUCCCGGUUUAUGCUUACAGUACCAUUUCGUACCAAAAAAGACAAGCUCUAGUGACAUAUUUUGAGAACAAUCGAGCAGGGAUUACGGUCUAUGGAUUCAUGUUGGAUAGGGGGACGCUUCACACAAUUUUUGGCAUUGAAUUAUCUCUUGUUCUAUGGUUAUUGGGGAAAACCGUUGUUUUCUCUUGAUUCGGGUAUUCGGGUAUUGGU